AUGAAUCGUGCACUGGUCUUGUUAUUAGCCAUAGGGAUUGUCAAAGGUCAGGAAUGCCCCAUUGAGUGCGAACUAUUCUGCGACGACGAAGGCACGCUGGGCAACCACACGGGUUUAUGGUGUAACUUAGAAACGGGAGAAAUAGACGUAUGGCCCUGUAACAACGAUGAUGUGAUCAUUGCUACUUUGAAUGACCUUACACCAUCUCUUCUGGCCCAUAAGAAAACGCAAUUGGUACUGUCAGUGAAUGACCUUAGAACAACUCUUCUGGCCCAUUUGAAAACUCACUUGGUACUGUCAGUGAAUGACCUUACAACAACUCUUCUGGCCCAUAUGAAAACUCAAUUGGUACUGUCAGUGAAUGACCUAACAUCAACUCUUCUGGCCCAUAUGAAAACUCAAUUGGUACUGUCAGUGAAUGACCUUACAGCAACUCUUCUUGCCCAUAUGAAAACUCAAUUGGUACUGUCAGUGAAUGACCUAACAUCAACUCUUCUGGCCCAUAUGAAAACUCAAUUGGUACUGUCAGUGAAUGACCUUACAACAACUCUAAUUCUGGCCCAUAGGAAAACUCAAUUGGUACUGUUAGUGAAUGACCUUACAACUCUUCUGGCCCAUAUGAAAACUCAAUUGGUACCUUUAGUGAAUGACCUUAAAGCAACUCUUCUGGCUCAUAAGAAAACGCAAUUGGUACUGUCAGUGAAUGACCUAACAUCAACUCCUCUGGCCCAUAUGAAAACUCAAUUGGUACUGUUAGUGAAUGACCUUACAUCAACUCUUUUGGCCCAUAUGAAAACUCAAUUGGUACCGUUAGUGAAUGACCUUACAGCAACUCUUCUGGCCCAUAAGAAAACGCAAUUGGUACUGUCAGUGAAUGACCUUACAACAACUCUUCUGGCCCAUAAGAAAACGCAAUUGGUACUGUCAGUGAAUGACCUUACAACAACUCUUCUGGCCCAUAAGAAAACUCAAUUGGUACUGUCAGUGAAUGACCUUACAACAACUCUUCUGGCCCAUAAGAAAACGCAAUUGGUACUAUUAGUGAAUGACCUUACAACAACUCUUCUGGCCCAUUAG